AGAACAGUGGACACACAGUUUAACAUGAUGGACUGUAGGACAGGACUGCUGCUUUUAACUCUCUGCUGGGCAGGUGUUGAUGGUCAGACUCUGACAGAAUCUGAACCAGCGAUUAAAAGACCUGGAGAAUCCCACGGAUUGACCUGUACAACAUCUGGAUUCACACUCAGCAGCUACGAAAUGAGCUGGGUGAGACAGGCUCCUGGAAAAGGACUGGAGUGGAUCGCUUUCAUAAGCACAGCUAGUUCUCCUAUCUAUUACUCCCAGUCAGUCCAGGGGAGAUUCAACAUCUCCAGAGAUGACUCCAGCAGUAAAGUCUAUCUGCAGAUGAACAGUCUGAAGACCGAGGACACAGCAGUCUAUUACUGUGCCCGAGAGAUCUGGGGGGAUGACUACUUUGACUACUGGGGGAAAGGGACACAAGUCACAGUAACUUCUGCCACUCCAACUGCACCAACUGUGUAUCCUCUGAUGCAAUGUGGUUCUGGGACCGGAGACAUGGUCACUCUUGGCUGCCUUGCCACUGGCUUCACACCUUCCUCACUGACCUACACAUGGAACAAAGCAAAUGGGGCUGCCUUGACAGACUUCAUUCAGUACCCUCCGGUGCAGAAGGGCAACGUUUACACUGGAGUCAGUCAAAUCCGAGUGAGGAGACAGGACUGGGACGCAAGGGAGACUUUCAAAUGUGCCGUGGAACAUGCAUCAGGCCAGCCAAAAGAGUGUAUUUUCCAAAAGCCACACGAGUCUUGUUAUCCGCCAACCCUUAGUAUGUUGGCCUCCUCUGAGGAGGGAACCGAGGCUUUCUUCUCCUGCUUUGCCAAAGAUUUUUCACCAAAAGAUUAUGAGAUCAAAUGGCUGAAAAAUGAAGUGGAAAUUGUCAGCAAAAUAGAUGAGAUCAAAACACAUGAGGGAAGAAAGGACAUUAAUGGAACGACACUGUACAGCGCAGCAAGUUUUCUCACUGUUAAAUCCGAUGAUCUGGUGGAAAACACUGAGGUUACAUGCAAGUUUAAAGGGAAACGUCAAACGUGUCAAACAGAGGUUAAUUCAACUGUGCUCUACCAACCAUCCCGUCCAAUUGGAGGUGAAGUAUGUCUUGAAGCAGAUGUGGAGGUAAAUAUCAUAGAACCCACAAUGGAGGACAUGUUUUCACAUGAUGGAAAAGGAAACAUAACAUGUCAGGUCAAGAUAAACAAACCAUCCGUCAGUGACAUUUCAUGGGAGACCCACAAUGGACGCACAAUACUUCAUCCUCCAGUAGUACCCCCUAAAGGAAGUAAAGGCUUAUUUAGAGCUUCACUUCCCAUCACGUAUGAUGAAUGGAGCCAGGGGACAAAGUUUGUCUGCAAAGUGGAACAUAGUGAGUGGAUUGAACCACUCAAGAAAACUUACGGAAGGAUUGUAGGAGGACCGAUUCAGCGUCCUUCAGUGUUUAUGCUACCUCCACUAGAACAUACUAACAAGGAAAUGGUGACCCUGACUUGCUAUGUGAAAGACUUCUUCCCUCGGGAGGUUUUUGUUUCUUGGCUUGUUGAUGACGAGGAAGCAGGCUCAGAAUUUAAGUUCCAUACCACAAACCCUGUAGAAAACCAUGGAUCCUAUUCUGCUUAUGGCCAGUUAAUUCUCACCCUUGAUCAGUGGAAAAAAGAUGACACGGUGUAUAGCUGUGUAGUUCACCAUGAGUCUGUAGUUAACACAACUAAAGCCAUUGUCAGGUCCAUCGGGCACAGAACAUUUGAAAAAACCAACCUGGUCAACCUCAACAUGAACAUCCCUGAAACAUGCAAGGCCUAUCAGUGCAUUAACACUGUUUCUAGCCUAGUGUAUAAAGCUGGGUUUGUCCCAAGUAUUAACUCAAUAAUUACUCUGCGGUACAUCCAGACUACAUCGACCAAUGGAACAGCGCCACAGAAGCAGAAGAAGACAACAUGGGAAGCACAGCCCUUACCUUCAUCCUUCUCUUCCUCAUCACUCUGCUGUUUACCAUCGGAACCACUGCUAUUAAGGUUAAAUGAAACAAAGGUGAACUUUCUGUGUAAAAUUAUUUUUCACACUUCUUAUAAACUCAUAGUUUCAUUUCAGCGGAUUGUCUCUCCAAACAUCACAUUACACCCUGUCUGGGAAGGUGAAUGUGGGGUCUCACCAGUCAGCCUUGUCUGCAACCUAAGAGGCUUCUUCCCAGACGACCUGAGUGUAGAGUGGAAGCUGGACAAUCAACCUCUAAAUACUGCCGAAAUCCAAACAAAGCUGCAGAGUGUGGAGGGAAUGGAGAAAACCUUCAGUCUAACCAGUGAGAUUGAGCCAAAUAGGAAGAAUUGGGCAUCUGGCUCAAGUUUUACAUGCAAGUCCAUUCACAACAAACAGGAAUUUAUAAAAGCAAUAAGUAUUUGUCAAAUCCAUGGAAGUGCCCCUCCUUCCAUCCAUGUGGAGAUCCCCAGCUUCAAGACAGUAAUGAUGACAGAAUCCACAAACUCUGUGAAAGCAACAUGUUUGGUCAGCACUGUUCUUGAUGCCAAGGUGACCUGGCUUAUGGAUGGGAGAGCUGCAUCUGGUAACACAGUGAUCCAGGACCAAAACACCACUCACGUAGUCAGUGAUGUGACGGUUCCAUUAAGUCAAUGGAAACAACUCAAGUCUAUAACAUGUAAAGCUGAACAUAAGUGCUUCUCAUCCACUGAGAGGACUGUGAGUGUAGCAGGGCCUGCAGUUACAGCCCCAUUGGUUGAGAUUAGAAGAUCGCUCAAAGAUUUGCUGAAGGGGGACAGCGCAGUGCUGGAGUGUGAUGUCACACAACUCUCAUCACGUGACCUGUACAUCACUUUUCAGGCCAACAGUGUUGACAUCUCUGACAAACUGUAUGAUGAUCUCCCUGAAGGCCCAGGCCUCCAUUCCAUCAGUAGAAGCUUCUCUAUUCCUACAAGUUACUGGAAGGAAGACAAAAGUUUCAGCUGCACAGUGAACCAAGGCUUCUCCGGCAACUUCAAGUCAAACUCCACUGGCAAAGUUUUUGUGGACCCAUCAAUGGAACUUCUCCUGGCCCCCAGUGAAGAAUCAGGACCACAGAGGCUCUUGUGCUCUGCAUGGGGCUUCAACCCUCAAAUUAAAUGGUCUUCUGAGUCUCAGCAAAGAUCUUCAUCAACUUAUGACAUCAGCAUGGGUGCAGAUGGACGUGUGGCAGUAACCAGUCAACUUCAUAUCCCUCACACAGAGUGGAGCACAGGGAAGGUGUUCACUUGUGAUGUAACUGACAAGUCUCUAAAAACAAAUGGGAAAAAGGAGAUUAGCCUCUGCUCAGUAACUCCAGCAUCAUCUCAGAUACUUGGCAUAUAUGUUCAGGGACCACCACUUCAGGAGCUUCAGAACAACGGUCCGGUGACUAUCACCUGUCUUCUGGUCGGCCCUUCUCUUAAUGAUUUCUCUGUCACCUGGAAAGUAGGAGGGAACAAGUAUUCCCUCAAUGUCCAUAAGGAGCCACCAGUGAGUCACAGCAAUGGGACGGAGACUUUGCAGAGUUCCCUCAAUGUUUCAGCUGAAGAUUGGCAUGCAUACAAACAAGUGUCUUGCGAGGCAAAGCAUCGAUGUUCCAACCAGAGUUACGAGGACCAUAUAAGCAAAAGCAGAGACCUGUAUCCACCAGCAGUGACAAUAGUGGAAUCAACUUCCUCUGACCAGUCUACUUCAGACGCCCUCACACUCAUUUGCCUGGUCUCUGGAUAUUUCCCAUCUAACAUCAUAGUGUAUUGGGAACAGAAUGGCCAGAGACUCCCUGCAGCUCGCUACACCAACAGUCCUGCUUGGAAAUACACAGGGAGCAGCACUUAUUCAAUGAGCAGCAGACUAAACACAUCCAAAACGGAGGACAAUGAGUCUACAUAUUCUUGUGUUGUCAGACAUGAGACAUCUGAAAUACCUUUUAAAAGCACUAUAAAGGGUAUGUUUGCCACAGUCACCCACAGCAAACCUUCAGCCAUCUUGCUCCAGGGCUCUGAUGAAAUUGUGUGCCUGGUCUCUAAAUUCAGCCCUGCUUCCAUUAACAUCACCUGGUUACUUGAUGGCAAGGAACUGUGGGACUACAACACUAGUGAACCCCACAGAGGCCCAAACGGAAAGUUCAGCAUCCAAAGCCACCUUCGUCUGUCCCAAGUCAUCUGGUUACGUGGGGCAGUCCUCACCUGCAGGGUGACACAUGUAAACACCACCCUAUUCCUGGAUAUAUCUAAACCAGACAUCUUGGAGGACUGUAAUUUCUUAGAUGACAUCAUGCAUGCUGAAGUAAACCAAGACACAGACGUGCAGAGCUGGUAUAUGGCUUUCACUUUUCUCGUUUUUUUCCUCAUCUCCCUUAUCUAUGGUGUCUUGGCUACCAUAAUUAAGGGACAAGUAACAAAAAUUGCUGUUGAAGCACCAAACAGUGAGGUACUCAACUACAAAUUGCCCAGUGGCCAACAGUUGAAGUUUGUGGUUGAACUGAGCAGCUCCCAGCGUUACUUGUGUUGA